UACGUAUCAUAUAUCCGUAAGUACCGCGAGAAUAGGAAACGCCUUCCUAAUCACUCAGGCACCUGAUCAGUACACAAAAAAACAUUCAAAACAGUAUAGAGUUCAGCUUUCUUUGAAAUUGGUCUCAACCGAUGGUAAAGAAAAUUACGACAUUCCUUCUCAGUCGUCAGAAGCCACAGAGAAAAGGGAACGAUAUAAUAAUUCCAAAGUUAAUGAUAUAAUGAAGAGAUGUGCACGAAAACUGGGAUGGAUCAGCAGCACAGGCACAUGAUAAUGAGCUUUCGGGUGUCCGAACUGCAAGUCCUUUUGGGCUUUGCAGGGAGGAACAAAAGCGGCCGCAAACAAGAACUACUCCAGAGAGCACUACAACUUGUACAGAAAGGCUGCACAAUGCCUGUGCAGAUAAAAAUUAGGGAACUUUACAGGCAAAUAUUUUCUUCCAACCUGCAUCGAAGAAGAUAUCCUGGUGGUCCGGGCACAAGUCCCCCUCAAGUGAGACCGCAGACAGAUGCUCCCCCCACCUCCGCAGGACUUGGGACAUGUUACGGCACUUACACCUCUGACCCUGCAGGUCCCAUAGACUUCAGUAACAAACACUUGUCAAGUAGUCAUCCAGACCCCACACCUUCAGGUCUACCCGUCCACCCUGAUGUGCGAUUCAAGCACCUGCCUUUCUAUGACGUCCUUGCUGAACUGAUGAAGCCAACUAGUCUAGUUCCAAAGAACAAUGGCAGAUUCCAAGAGUCCUUCUUUGUCUUUCACCUGACACCUCAGCAAGCACAAGAUAUUGCCAUGUCAAGGGAUUUCCGGCCUGGGGCCAAGUGUGAAUAUACAGUCCAAGUACAGCUCAGGUUUUGUUUGCUAGAAACAAGUUGUGAACAAGAGGACAAUUUCCCUCCUAGCAUCUGUGAGCGGGUCAAUGGAAAAAUGGCACCAUUGCCUAAUCCCAUUCCCACAAGUAAACCAGGUAUAGAACCCAAACGACCGGGCAGGUCAGUCGACAUAACCUCCAUAUGUCGCUUAUCACCAACCGUAUCUAAUCAGUUGGAUGUUUCAUGGGCCUCCGAGUUUGGACGGGGCUACUGUCUGGCUAUUUACUUGGUGCGGAGACUCACAUCAGAUAUAUUGUUACAGAGGUUAAAACAGUUUGGAAAUCGACAUCCAGAUCAUACAAGAGCGCGCUUAGUAAUCAAAGAAAAAUUAGCGCAUGAUCCAGACAGUGAAAUAGCAACCACAAGUCUACGAGUAUCUCUGGUCUGUCCUUUGGGCAAGAUGCGCAUGCAGAUUCCAUGUCGAGCAAGUACGUGCACUCACCUCCAGUGUUUUGAUGCCACAACGUUCCUCAUGAUGAAUGAGAAGAAGCCGACAUGGGUGUGCCCUGUGUGUGAUAAACCUGCUCCUUUUGACAAGCUAUUGAUAGAUGGGUAUUUUGUGGAGAUCUUCCGGAAGUCCCCAGAGGGAAGUGAGAUUCAGUUCCAUGAGGAUGGCAGCUGGAGCCCCAUGAAGCACAGCAAGGAAACACAUGUGAUAUCUAGUCCCUCAGUGAAAGCCUCAAGUUCCACGUCAGCUGCAUCAGCCUCAACUGCCCCCUCAUCAGACAAAGGUUCAUCCAAAAAGAAAUCUGUCGAAAUUAUUGACCUUACGAUUGACAGUUCAGAUGAUGAUCAAUCAUCGCCCCCAGCAUCCGUGUCCAGCAGUCGACCGUCAGAACAAGGGUGUGUGAGUCCCCCCGUUAUAAACCUGGACACACCGACGCCCCCACAUGCGAGCUCCACACACUCUGUAUCUAGCAGCCCUUCAGGGGUGGCGCUAUCCACAACUCAGUCAAACCCCCAGUCCCCCCUUACCUCACCCCAACCUUCCCCUUCCCCCAACUCAGUUGCCUCCUUCUCAUCUGUUGAGUCACCUUCGGCAGCAAAUGUCAUGAGUUUUAUGCCCUCUGUUCCUCCACUCCUCCCAACCAACAGCAUGCUGCCUAAUUCCUCUCCUUCCCUCCUGCCCCCACCCCUUGCCCCGUCAAUUCCUGCUCCUCCUAUCCCCCAGCACCGUCCUCCCUCCCUAAUACCAUCAUCUCAGACGCAAGGGCCAAGUCACAAUCAGUACGGGACACUUAAUCUUGAUGCAUUAUCGGAUCGUGAGUUUGAGGAGUUUCUUCAGGGUUUAUCUUGGUGAAACGGCAACCCACAAAAACAACAAACUCAGGUUAUCACUCUGCUUGAGUAUCAGUUCACACGCUUCCAAGUAAGACAGCUGUCUGUGUGUGUGCAAGCUGGUAUCAUUUGGCGUAUUUAUUUUGAAUGCAAGUGUUUUAUAAGGAACAUUCAGAACAUCUCAAUCCAUGAUUCCAGUACAAGCCUCUCCUACUUUUAUUUUCGUCACAGAUAAACAACUUCGAUAUUACGCAAUAUUUUGUCCUAUUAUUCAUCAAAGGCAGCACAUUAACAAAGCCAAAACAUAUCUGUAUUAAAGAUUACAAGACAUUUACUUUGACCUGCUAUUAACCUGUGACUGGUAGAACCUUUGGCAUGAAAUUGUACUCAUAGAUCUGAAUUAAUUCUUAAUGAUAUGUCUGUUGCAUUUGAUCAGAGCAGUGUUCAGGUGACCUCUCUGCUAUGCUUGGUGCUGUAAUAACAUAGCAGGGGGCCACUGUUGGCCCAGCUAAUGAGAUACCUGGAGAUGUUUUUCAAUUUGCCUGAUGGAGGUCAAGGGGGAUGCUUCUCAAAAACUGCACAUUUGGACUGGGUCCUGGGGCCCUUGACAAAUGUGUAGUUGCAUAAAGAACUGUACAUUUCUGAUAUAUUUUUAAAAAUUAAAACACUUUACUCCACAUUCAUGUGUAUUAAAUUUGAACUUAUUUCAGUAUUUCAGAUCUGAAAAUGAAAAUUCUAAUUGCAAUGAAUUUCUACAAAUCUGUAUAUACCUUGACAAAUAUCAAAUCUGUUUUAUGGUUGUGCAAAUAUUUUUUACAAUUUAAAAACACUUACCCCUUACCCCAGCAAGACCAUAGUAUAAUAACCUUCAUGACCUGACUUUCUUUUGCAUUUGUGGGUCUGUAUCUCCCCUAAAACAUAAACAGCUGUUUCGAAUCAUUGACAGCCAUGUUCAUUCUCCAAUAUCAUAUCCCACCCCCUAUCAAAACUUCACCCAUCACCCAACUUUGGCCCCAAACACACCCCUAUCUUUACCCUCUUCCCUCUCACAUUAAUUUUCAGAUAUUGCAAGUGCUUAGUGUGUGUUCUUGUGCCAUCAUGUUUAUGAUAUACAUAUGAGAUCAGUAAUAUUCAGUGUUGUCAACAUUAUGGGCUACCUUUACCCGACUCACCAACCCACCCAUUUAUUGUCAGCAAAUUGGUUUCCAAAGCUUGACAGCAAAAGUGCUAAAAAUUACAUUCAAACACACAACUUCCAGUUUCAUGAACCCCUUAACUGCAUACUACAAUGGAAGUUCACUGUCUAUGAAAGACAAAUAGAACUGCUACAUACUGCCAGAGAUAAAUAUUAUUUGAUAGCCUGUUGUUCGUCGUAUUGUACUAAUGUAGGUACGAUUGCAAUAUAGAGUACUAUAUUUAUGUUUUAUGUGAACACUUAGUACGUUGAAUUGCCAAGUGUCUAAAUGUUUUAUUAGUGUAUGUUGAUUUCCUCUGUUAAGCACAUGCAAGUGGGGUUUUUUUAAUGUGUAGAAAUGUACAUACUGGUUGACUAUGUGGACUGUACAUACUAGUGGAGGCAUUCAAACCUAGAAUAUUCACACAUCUUAUUGUUAAUGAUGACAUACAUGGCCAAUACAGGAUGUUGUAUCACAACGGUUAUCUUUUACACCAUAUUUCACACGAAUAAAGGAUGACUUAAAAAGCUUUUGGAAAAGCAGGACUUUUACACAGCAAUAACCAUUUUUUUCUCAGUUAUAGUGACAAAAACUCAUAACAUCAAUUGGGAUUAUCCUUCAUUGCAAAAACUGACGUGUCUGGAGUGUGGCUUGAUACUCAAGAUAUGUUUCAUAGUUUGAUGCAUUGUAUUAUCGGAGGAUACAUGUGAGAGCAGGAUGGAGACUUCAUCCGGGAAUGAACACAAAGCCAUGUUUAGUGCUUCUGUUUUGGUAAUUGUUGAAGGGUGAUGUUUAUGUUCUUCUUCAGUGGCAGCAGCAGACAAAUGGCUGUUCUCUUGCUUCUAUUGUGCAGAGUCUCCCCCUGCUCCCACCUGCAUGCAUUGUUAGCCACGUGUAUGUUCACACUCAACUGCAUCAAUUAUUUUCAUGUGUCUCAGCUAAAGAGAUUAUGUACAUAGUGUCAGAUAUUUAUGUUGGGGCGAAUGUUCGGCUUCAAAUUUGAAAUCUGCAUUGUAGAUAGCAAAUCUCUGCAUCUCAACAUCAUCUCAACUUUAACAUGGCAUUUUUCAUGGGCUCAACAAUACUUCACAGGUAUGCAUUCUUUCUAAUUUGAGCAAAAACAUUCCUGUGAUACCUUUUCGACAAAAUUACCAAAACUGCCCAGAUCAAAGACAUCAGUUCCAAUUUAAGGACAGAUGCCAUCUUGAGAAUUUUCAGUUUCGUCAAAACAAUCCAGUUCUCAUGAAGUUGGUGCAGGAAGUUUGUGAUGAUGUUAGGAAUAGUUCUAGCUUGCAUUUUGUGCUCUUGUAAAAGACGCUGCUUUUUGCUUGUUGUCCAUUAAUCACUAGGAAGACUAUUUUCUGUGUACAUUUCUUACUGUACAUAAUCUCUUGCCUAUGACAUCCACUGGUCAUUUAUGUCGGCUCAAACCAACUCAUUUCUCUUUGUCAAAUCAGUUGGUAAAGGGCUAUAACAGACUUGUACAAAGUGUAAUUAAAGUUAUCAUUAAAACAGA